AUGCUACUGAAUGGCAGACUUGCUAUCGGUCAAAUUCGUUUCUAUCAACUCCUCAAUCGAACAUUCGCUGAUGAUUACGAUCCCGAGGACGAUAUUGGAGAACCAUUUCCGAGCAAUUGUGUGACAACACGAGACGAGAUCAACAUGACUCGUUUCAUCGCCGACGGCGGAGUGCCGCGGUUUCAUGGAUUGAAGCGGGUGCCCAUUGAUGGAAAAGAAGAGGAGUUUUUGAUCCUUGACGAUUUGACGUGUCCAUUCUCUCGGCCGGCAAUCAUGGACGUGAAAAUGGGUCGGGUCACCUAUGAUCCGGAUGCGAGUGAUAAAAAGGUCAAAUCCGAAACGGAAAAGUACCCGCCGCAGAAAUCGCUCGGUUUUCGGCUUCUUGGAUACAGGAUCCACAAAGAGGACGGAUCGGUGGAGAUUCAGGAUAAAGAUUGGGGGAAAAGCAAAGAUGAGACAAAUAUCGGACAAGCACUCCUCGAAUAUUUCACCAUUCGACCGGACGCUGUGGCGCUGAUCCUGAGAAAGGCCACCCUUUUCCGUGAAUGGUUUGCUCAACAGCGUCUCUUUCAUUUCUAUGCUUCGUCUCUUCUUUUCAUUUUUGAGACCGAUCCAACGAAACCGGUGAAUGCAGAUGUCAGAAUGAUUGAUUUCGGUCAUGUUUACCCGGGAAAUGAGCAACUCGACGAUAAUUACACGCACGGAUUAGACAAUUUGAUCUCACUUCUCGAGGAGAUGCUCUUAAAAACU